CUCUUUACUCGACCAACAUGAGCCAAGACCACCUCUCCCACACUAUAUAAGAACACCUUCCUGCACUUUCAGACCAACACACAGCAAAGUUGUUGCUCACUCUCAAAACAAAAACGAAGAAAGAACUCCUCUGCGUUCAAAGAGAGACAGAAAAAUCUAAGAGAUGAAGAUGAGCAGUGCGACCAUUGGAGGGUCCAAGAGAAGGCUAUCUACUAGAGGACUUGGAGGGGUCCUCAGAGAGCAGAGGGCUAAGCUAUACAUUAUCAGGAGAUGUGUAGUUAUGCUCCUUUGUUGGCAUGAUUGAAGUCCCCAGUCGGAAGGGCCACAAAGCUGACGAAUUUUCUUUCUUCUUCUUCUUUUUCCUUCUUUUCUUCUAUGGUGGAGUGUAAAUAGCAGCGGCGGAUAUUAUGGGGAAGUUCAGCAAAUUUUGUAUCAGUUUGGCCUCAAGUGCUAGAUGUACAUCAGAUAACAUGAAAGAAGCUUAGAUAUUAUAUUUCAAGCAAUAUAGUUUGUGAUGUUCUUUAUUCUUUUCA